AUGCCAAUAUUUGAGCUUAGUGAAUAAACCGCUAGAUGACACUAUCAACAAAUUACCUCAGAUUUCCAUUAAUUUAAUUUUAAAACGCCCAGAAUUUCUCAAAGUAAUAUUCAGGGACAUCAUUACAAUUCAAGAACUCUUGCCACUACAUCCCAAUAUAUUUUUUUACAUAAUAAAGCCUUUUUUAUGAAACCUCACUCUCCUGGAUGCCAGAGUGUUUGAAGCCUGGGUUCUGAUUGGCUGUUCAUUCAAAAUAUGUCUGUCGCCAAUAAAAACCAAAACGCCUCGUUUCACACUGUUUUGAUUGCUUGCAAUCUCGAUUUUCCGUUUUUAUAGAUAAACUUUCCGUUUAAACUUUGUGAUAACCCAUUAUAAUAGCUUCAGCUGGCACGAUGUCGAACAAUGUAGAAAAUCUGUCCCCUCAAAUUAUUCGAGGGAUUGUAAAAGAAAUGCAGGAUCUAGUCAAUAGUCCUCCUGAAGGAAUCAAAGUACAAGUAAAUGAAGAGGAUGUGACUGAUAUACAGGCUUUCAUAGAUGGACCUGCAGGUACUCCAUAUACAGGAGGUACAUUCAAAGUCAAAUUAACUCUGGGUAAAAGUUUUCCUGCUGAGCCUCCUAAAGCCUACUUCCUAACAAAAAUUUUCCAUCCUAACGUAGCAGCUAAUGGAGAAAUCUGUGUUAAUACACUCAAGAAAGAUUGGAAAUCUGACCUUGGAAUCAAACAUAUUUUACUUACCAUAAAGUGUCUUUUAAUUGUACCAAAUGCUGAAUCAGCAUUGAAUGAGGAAGCUGGCAAACUUCUGCUGGAGCAGUAUGAAGAUUACUACCAAAGAGCAAAAAUGAUGACUGAAAUACAUGCCCAGCACAAAUGCAAAGGAGAUAUCGAUGGACCUCUGGCGAAAAAACACGCUGGUGAUAAGAAGCUCACUGCAGAAAAAAAGAAAAUCCUCAAAGACAAAAAACGCACGUUGAAGCGGUUAUGAGGUUUGAUUUGCUGAAUAUUUUUUACAGAAAAGUAUACAAUUUUAUUUUAAAUAUCUCCAUCAGGUUGUUUUAUGUAUUAAAAUUGUUUACAGUCUAUUUCAUGUUUUAAAUUGACAUAUUUUUUAUUGCAAUUUUUUGCCUGGUUUUCUUGUUGUGUAGCCUAAAAUCACGUUCAAUCAAUCUAAAGAUGCAUAGGCUUACUGGAAUUAUACAGCCAAUUUAUAACGUGUUCUGAGUCAUCAACGUUUUGUAGCUGUGCCGCCAAAACCCCAUGAAUAUUUCAACAACCAGCAACGCGGUUAUCAGUGAUGUGGAGUAAAUUUUUAUUAAGUGAUCUUGAUUUCCUUACUGAGUUAUUUUAAUUCUUAAAUUGGGAACUAGUGAACCGAUAUCCUCCAAAAUUGAUCAUACCCAAUCAAAUAGAGGUAACGUUAUUGCCAGUUUUACCACUUUUCGGAAGUAACUCUACCGUUCUAAAUUUUGAAUGUAGUGGUGUAAUUUUUAUUGUCUUAUAUCAACUCUCUAGCAACCCAAAUUCUAGCAGUCCAUCCAGCUUACUUAUGAAGAUGUGGCAAUAUUGUUGAGAGUCAAAAAACGCUCCAAUAUUUCGGGUAGUACUGGUCCGAUAACCGCCUAAUUUUGAACAGGGCAAUAAAUAAUCAUCUUGGACGAGAAAGUAAUGGCGUGCUGUUGCGAAAUCUACUAUUUAGUCAGUAACAAUACUAUUUUUUCAAGUUUGAAUGCAGUAUCUUUCUUUAAAGGGAUAUUAACAUCCUGGCAUCCCUUAGCAUAACUUCCAAAUAUUAAAACUUCAUCUGAUCUACUUAUGAAGAUAUGGCUACAUAAUCAAAAGCUAUGAAGUUUAUGGAAUAUCUUGGAAAUUUGUUGACUAGAGUCUAACAAACUUUACACAACAAAGCAAUCUCGUCGUCGUUCCUAAUGUCAUCAGACGGUUAUAAUUACAUUUUUGCUAGGGGUGGGGGGACAAUUAUCGGCAUUUGGCAAUUUUUUGUGUAUCAGCUCCAAAUACCUUUUGAAGCGCGGGGACGGCAAAUUUCCGCAGGAGGGCCAAAUUCUAGAAAUACCCUAUAGUACAAAAAUCCAUGCUAUAGAUUCAAACCACCCCUCGUUGACUCAGAACGCAUUUAUAAAUCUAUAACCAUACAUAAAACGUACCAGGAUUUAAGGAAAGUCGAAUAUAUUCAGAUUUCAAUACGAGUGAAUAAAGUUGAGUUGUUUUUAAUGUCAUUUUCAUUUUAUUAUGCUUUGCUAGUACAAUUACUUCAUUUUGACCGGAAUUGAGUUUUAUCAUUAUAAAUGUAAAAAAAUUGAUUUCAACCUCUUUAUCCGGUAAAAUAACUGAAACCACAAAAAUCAAAUGAUAAUUUCAUCCAGUGUAAUGUACCUAUAAUAAAUGAAUAAAAUCUGUGUAUGAUACAUUGUUCAUUUUCAUCUGCCAUAGUUUAUAAUAAGUAUAUGAUUUAAGAGAUGUAUGUACGUUACGAGUUGUGCAGCACAAUGUAGAGAAAAAUUUGGUUUAUCAAUCACUUUAUCCCUUAUAUCUACAUAUCGUCGCCUUCCGGAGAAAAUCACUUAUCUCCCAAAAGGCAAAUUUUUCAGGGGAGACAAAAAACUUUCCUGUAGAUUGAGUUUAUGUAAUAAUUUAUCGAAAUUUAUACUAAUUCUUGGAAAAACUGCCACACAUCGAUGAAAACAAAAAAAAAUGUGCUAACUAUAAAACUAUGUUUCUUUAAGGAGUUACGCAAUUUUUGUCCUUAUGGUAGGGGAUAUACGUAUUUUUCCAGAAAAACCUAAACUUAGGUAUUAUAUUAUGUAUUUACAUAGAACAUAGUUUAUAGUGAAAAAUUAAUUUUCCUCGUAGGGAAGAUUAUCAUAGAAGGUAUGGUAAUCUUGAAGUAGAGUUUUCUUCAAAAUUUGGAGAUGAUCAUAUUUUUCCUUUUUUAUCUUCCUUCUUUCUUGAUACAUGUUUGGUAAGCUCUGUGUUGGUCUCGGUGGUGACAGCUUAACUCUCUGAUUUAGUUGAUCCCAGGGGUCAGUGUGCCUCAAUUUGUAGUAGAUCUUUCCAGAUGGGUCAUACUUUAAAGCACGUAUUUUAACUACUGUAUCUCUACCGGGUCGAAUGGAUUUGUAGUAAUUAAGAGUAUCGAAUUUCUUAAAGAAGCUUAAUGUAAUGUAUCUUACAUUGUAAGGCUUUGGAUUUUGUCUCGCAAUCACACAGGCAUGCACAUAAUCAGCAGGUAUAUUGAUUUUACGGUUCCGAAUCUUCUUCUCAAUGCAAGAGUGCAUUGAGACGACUUCCAUUUGCGUAUGCCCUUUUUCGAGAUAUUUUUGGAUGAUAGUGAUCUUAUGGAGCAUUGCGAUGUUAACCAAAGUAUUCGCCAGGAUAGAGUUUCGAUUCUGCGCUGUACAGCCGUCACUAUAUAGGAUUAUUUCUUUUUGCUCUUCCUGUAGUGAAGGAAUUAUAGUGUUCUCUAUAAAGUCAGCCAAUAUAGAUGAGAAUUCGUUUGACGUAAGGCCACCUUCCGUCUCGUUCCAUAAAAAACAGUAUCCGUCUUGGGUUUUUAAGUUAUACAAUGUAAAAUUGUGCACGAUCAACUUAGUCUUAUAAUACAUUGCGCUGACCGUCGAUUUUGGACAUAGGAGAACUGCUUGCAAAUCCAUCGUAAAGACUGGAGCACAUGACUUCUUAUCUUUCUCUUUUUCUUCUCUAGCUUCUUUUUUCAUUACCUGAUGUAAAUCGUAUUCUUCCUCUGGAAGAUUUUUUGCAUCGUAUGCAACACAGGUGUCACACAGGUCCUUUUUGGGAACAUAUAUAGAGAGAUUUCGUUUAUUGAACUCUUUGAAAAAGAUCGUUCGUGAUACGGGUUCAUCACCGCUGUCAGGGCAAUGAUGACGUUUGUAAAAGCCAUACAACUGAUUUGUUGAAGCCCAUAUCGGUUCCAAAUACAGUUUGCUGCUUGAUGCUCGGCAAUAGUGUGAUUCGACUUUCGGUAAUGAAUCGAAAAACUGGUUUAGUGCCUCGUAUCUUCCUCCAUACAUUUUACUCCUACUCUGUUUUCUUUUGUCAUUUAGUCUCUUUUCAUUUUCUUCCAAUUUGUCACUUUUCGUCCAGUUUAAUACUGUAGAUUCCUUCAUGCUCAUAGUAUUUAGGAACAUUUUCUUGCAGACUCUUAAUUCUUUGUUCUCGACUUUAAGGUAGUACUUUAGUGAAUAGUUUCUUCGACUAUUUUCAUUGGCUCCCCUUCUUCUUUUUACAUUUUCAAUUUUCACCAAACUCUGGAUAUAAAUUUUUCUCUCUUGCCAAUUCAUGUGGUUCCAAAAUAUAUUGAAUAUAUAUUCUCGAUUUUCCUGAGUCAAUUUUCUACACUCUAUUUUACUAGAUUUAGUUGUUAUCUUACAGUCGCAAACAUUAGAUAACAUUUUCUUGUUUCGAGGAAUGUCAUAUUUCCAUUUUCCACCAACCUUCAUUUUGCAUUUAUAUGCUAAGCCCUUUUCGCGGUUCGCUUGAUUUCUAAUUUUUAACCACAUUGAUUGGUCAAGAUUAUGCCGCUUAGCCCUUUUUCUCUGGAACAACUCUUCUGUUUGUUCUUCCAUUCCAUAUGCUGCGUUCUCUUUUUCUUCUUCCAUCAAAUCAACUCUAUUUUCAUUUGAUGGCGUCGUGUCAUAUGCAGCGUUCUCAUUUUCCCCUUCAACCAAAUUAACUUCUUCGUUGGACUGUAAUGUGUCACAUUGUGUGCUGCCAGACUGUCCUAUGCCGUCAAUUAGUGCUGGUACCGAUUGGUGAAAUUCCUGUAUAGCUGAAUCAAACAGAUCAUGUGUUGGUUGGGGGUAAACUACAUCCUCGAGGGUGGCAAAGCCUGGUUCCACAAUACUAUUUUCUGCACAGCUGAUCAGAUUACAUAUUCCGUUAUCUCCAACCUCAUAGAUUCCCUCUCUUGCCAUAUCUAAUAUUUUCCUGGCUCUGCUAGACAUUCUGAAUGAUCUGUGGACAAAAGAUAAUCACAAUGUUGGGAAUAAGGAUUUUUAACCUCAUAAAAGACGUGGUUAAUCUAUCUUGAUUUUUCUGGGCAACAAUCAAAACCAUAGGUGGUAAGGACUUUAGUGAGGCUUCCACAUCCUUUUUCAAAUAAUAGAAUGACGAUUUAAAAUUAAUUUGAAAUAUAAAAACCCUCCACGGCUGCCUUUAUAAAAACACAUUUGAAUUAAGACAUGACUAUGGAUCAUUUUUCAUCAAUCUAUUUACCUGGUUUCUUGAUUUCUUUAAUUCAUGUAAUUCAUUAUGCGGCAGCCGAAAUGUCAGUAAACUAUUUUAGACAGCUAUUGUGGUUUGAUAAAAAACAAAUAUUAGAAAACAAAAUGAUAAUCUAUGAACUUAUUCUAGUGGAUUGUACGCAAACUAUGUAUCUCCCUAAAAUGACAUCUGUAGAGAAAUAUGGAAGGUUAUGGAAAACUACGUAUCUCCAGUGUCAUGCACAAUUGCAUUUAUAAAGAUUAUGAUCGAAUGCUGAAUAUUUAAAACGCUGAUAUAACAUAUUUGUAGUACUUACCAUCCACCUUGCAAAAAACAGCUCUCCAAAAAGUUAAUUAGACACGUUAAGAAUAACAAAAUGUGCGGACUGACGAGUACUGACACGCAAACCGCACUAUUCCUAUAGGGACUGGGCGCUUACGCAUUUUUCGCGGGACACUAAACAGUAUCAGGAGAUACGUAUAUUGCGUUGACGAGUUUUAACGUGUAAAUAAUAGUUUCAGGACUUAGAUAUUUUGUGCACGGAGAAGUUACCUUUAGAACUAAAAGAUGGCAUGAAAAUCUAAUUUUUGGUAAAAUGUGGAGUUACGUGAUUUUCUCCGGAAAGCGACGAUAUAUAAUUGGUAAAAAUAAAUCAUUUGUCACGCCACUGACUUUUCAUCAAAUAAAAUAGAGAAUUCAAAGCCGUAUUCAUAUAUGAACAAAUUUUAAUCUCCUAAAUUUCAUUAGUCUUACGCACGGUUUUCACAAAAAAAUAAAAUCUAUUUCUCAGCAUUGUGGUAUUGUUAUAUUAACGAUAUUAUGAUCAUGCAGAGUGGCGUACUCUCAAUGUCUAAAAUUAUCAGGUGAAAUUCCGUAACAACGACACUGGUAUAUUAAAAAAUGCAUCUUGAUACAUAGUACAUGUAAGCCAAAAUUCAUCAAAAUAUCUAAAGUAGUAUUACAUAUAUCAAUUAUAUUAAAGUGAUUUAUUUUUAACAUUUUCACCACCCUGUGUUGGAAAAGUUGAGACAUUUAGGACAUACGUUCCUAUGAAGUAUUCUUACAAUAGACCCAAAAAUCUCCCCCUCAAAUAUUAAUUCAUUAGGAAACACCCUAUAUAGCUUGCAAGGGGAAUGGCUAAUCUCUUAAAACUUGCAACAAAAUAACUUCAUUAUUGAUAUUAUUUUUGUAAAUAGUUUAAUUGAAAUGUAAAGUGAGAUAUUUGGUUCAUAAAAUUAGGCUUUUAUGUCAGCGGAAUCCUUUUCCAAUGAAUUUAUCCAAUCUUCUUUCCAAUAGCUGCUUCGAUAAUCCCUGCCAAACUAUAUAAUCGUUGAUUAACAUUCCUGAAGACAGCAAACCUAAUGCUAUAUUCGCGUGUCCAGAAAAUUAUCUGAGAUAAAAUGAGUAACUGUAGGGUCAUUACGAGAUUUUUUAUAGGAGUUUCUCUAUUUACUAUACAGGGUGUCCGCAAAGUUGGGGUUUUCCUUUUCAGAAACAACUACCCUUGAAAUAACAAAGGUAAUGUGUAGUGAAACGAGGGCGACCAAGUAAAAAAAAAUAAAGGAAAACGUACUCACUCUCCAGUUGACGAGAAGGGCUAAGUACGUCUCUGCCCGAAAUCAUACCGCUCCAACAGAAAAUCAGCUGAUGCGCUACCGAGCAGACGCAGGCAAACAAGGAAGGCAAAAUGUUGCGUAAAAAGUCUAGGUAUUGCAUCCCGUCCAAUCGAUUUGGGAGAAUAAAUGGUCCAAUGAGCAUACCGUUCACCAUGCCAGCCCAAAACAUUCACCGAAAAUGUUUGUUGAAAAUGUGCCCGACGGACAGCGUACGGAUUUUCUACUGACCAAACAUGAGUGUUGCGAAAGUUAUUCACCCCAUUACGCGUGAACGUAGAUUCGUCUGUCACCAAUAUGCACUUCAAAAAGCCCGGAUUAUUGUCAUGUUGAUGCAACAACCACUCACAAAACCGCACUCUUGCUGGAAAAUCGUCAGGUUGAAGGGCUUGUACACGUUGGACGUGAAACGGAUACAGCCCUCUUCACGCAGCGUUUGCCACACUUUACUUUUUGAUACUUGCACUUCUCUAGCCACGUCUCUAGUGCCUGUUGAGGGAUUCUCGUCUACGCGAUUACCUCUACACGCGUGACCGUAACUGUCGGUUGAAGGUUGCAUACUGACCUGACACACUGACCCCGACCCAGUUCUGUUGUCGGGUUGAGCUAGUGUCCUAGUACCACUCGGGGAUGACGCGACUACAGGACGGUAUUCAGAUAUUUUUGAUGUUGCAGAGCCCUUUAUCUCGGUUCCCUUAAGACAUUGGUGUAUAUGAUACUAAGAAAAAUUGCUUAUGUUUUCAAGAUCUACACGUGGUGUAAAGGACAACCCCAACUUUGCGGACACCCUGUAUAUACUUAGUUGAAGUCACCUAUAUGCUUUUGUAUAUGCUCAUAUACAGGGUGUUCAUUUGAAUACUUCCCACCACGGAUUUAUCAAAAACCACUGAUUAAAAGAAAAAACGCUGAGACACGUCAAAAGAUUUAUCAAGGGGGACAACUUUUUAACCAAAAACUACUUCACCCUCUACCCCCCAGGGUCAUCCCCUUAAAAAUUUAUAAAUGACAAGGGGUAUCGAUUAGUAGCUUAUUUGACAGGUCUUUCGCAGUCCUUUAUUUUGAAGUUUGAUUUUUAUAAAUCGGACGAUUCGUUUUCAAGAAAAUUAGAAACAUCUUUAUAUCCUAAUUUGUUCAGAUAGAAAACAAAAACCCACGAAAACAUCACAUUUUAUUUCAAUAAGUGUUCAAAAUGUUGCCUGUUCUUGGCCAACGGUAUACGCGAUGUUCAAAUUCCUGACGGACAUUUUCAAAAACAUGUUUUGGGAUAUCAUGGCAGCUCUCGAUGAUGGAUUGACGAAGUUCAUCCAAACUUUCAGGUUGGGGAGUAAACACAAUAGAUUUCAAAUGGCCUUAUAGACAAAGGUCUAAUAGCGUCGGAUCUGGAGAUCUAGUAGGCCAUUCUAUAGGCCCUCUACGUCCUAUCCAUUUAUCUGGAGACUCGUCUAGCCAUUGCCGAACCUGAAGAACAUAGUGAGGAGGAGCGCCGUCUUGCUGAAAAUAUAGUUCAGCCUCAUCAAGUAUAGGAUUUCCAUUCUCUUCGAUUUGGUUUCAGUGAUAAGCGGAUUGAUGGUAUUUCUCCAUUCAAAUUUCCAUUAAUAAACAAUGGCUACUUUGUUUCGUAAAAUGCCUGCUCAUACAUUAAUUUUUUGGGGGAACUGGAUAUGCCAUUUUACAAAAGCAUCGGGAUUUUCACUGCUCCAAUACCUGCAGUUAUGCUUAUUAACAAAUCCAUUUAGAUAAAAUGUGCAUUUAUCCCUGAAAUGGUAGUAUCAUUAAUCACUGUAGUCAUUUGUUCACAAAACUCAACUCGCGGCCUAUCGAAAUCAUCUGCAGUUAACUCUUGCAAUAUUUUCAUUUUGAAUGGAUGAAAUUUAUGGAGUUUAGUAACGGUGUGUACAGAGCCUAAUGAAAUACCAGUCACAGCAACAAUUUUGCGUAAUGAAGUACCUAUUAUCAUUUACUCCGAAAUGACCCAAAACUUCAACUUGAGCGGCUUCAUCCAAAACUCUCCGAUGAUCACGUUUUUAAUUUGCAACAAACCCAGUUUGAGUAAAUUUAGUAACAAGGUCCAAAAUAUAACUACGCGAAGUUAUCUUUCCCGGAUGUCUGGCAGUUUGCCGAGCACAUUGAUUUUGGGCACCAUAAGUUAGAAACAUUUCCACCCUUUCGACUAGCGUGUAAACGAUUUUGGAAGUAAAAUCUAAAUCAAUAAAUUAGCAACAAAUAACUAAACAGGUAUAACAAUAAAUGCAGUUCGCAUAUCUGUGUUGAUGAAAAGAACGCUGAAAAAAAAUCGGGUUAUUUGGUUGUUGCCACGCCUAAUCUUCCGAAUUGCUGUUUAUGUUGGUAGUUUCCGUUUUCAAUUAUAAACGAAUUGUAUAUUUGGCAAACCCUUACGGGCAACAUUUUGAACACUUAUCGAAAUCAAAAGUGAUAUUGUGUAUAUAUGUGUUUUUGUUUUCCAUCUGAACAAAUUAAGAUAAAUAUUUUUCUCGAAAACGUAUCGACUGAUUCUAAAAAGUCAAACGUCAAAAUAAAGAAAGCCGAAAGACAUUUCAAACAAGCUAUCACUUGAUACCCAUUACCAUUUAAAAAUUUUAAGGAAAUGACCCUGGGGGGUCGAGGGUGAAGUAGUUUUGGGUUAAAAAGUUGUCCCCCUCGACUAAUCUUUUGACGUGUCUUCGCAUUUUUCCUUUUAAUUAGUGGUUUUCGAUAAAUCUGUGGUGGGAAGUUUUCAAAUGAACACCCUAUAUAUAGCACCAUCUAUGAGACACUAACCUUACCAAAUUACCUUCAGGCAGAAUACGUUAAUCAAUGAUAAUCGUCCACAUGGGGAGAACUUUUUUUGAUGAUUUAAAACCGCUAAACAAAAGGGAUUUGAUACUACAUUAGUAAUAUAGAAUAGACCUGAGAGGUCCGAAAUACUUUUGCUUGUACUUUUCGCAAGUUGAAAAUGCUUUGAAAAAGUAGUAGUAUUGAGUAUUGCAACAAAGUAGCUAAACACUUUUUGCAUCUGUUUGGCAGAGAAUUUUCGGCGCUCCUAAAUAUUUCAGUUAAUUUUAGAUUUGAGUUACAUUACUUGAUCAUGACUGACUUGUUUUCCAGUAUGUAUGAUGGUAUCUUAUUUCUUUUUCAUAGAAAUUUUUUGCAGUGUGUACAAUUAGCGAUUCAGCAUAUUCA